UGCCAAACUCUUUAAGGGCGCCAAAAUAUCGAAAAUAAAAAACGCUCUUUCUAAGGGUUUUAACUUUCAGAGCAAAAGCUUCACAAGCUCCUUCCAUGGCGAACCUUAAGUCCGUCGAUCCCUCUCUUUGGUGGGACCCUUUCUCUCUCCUCCUCACUGAACUCGAAAAUGCCUCUCUCUCCUCCGACCUGCCACCCAAUCUGACGAAGAAGUUGAAGGACAAUCACGAUUGGUUAGUCGACACAGUUUCUCGCUUCAAGCCUCCGAACGAGAAGUCGAAGGAGGCUUUGAACUCGCAGCAACUGAAAAUCGGGUCUCACCAGUUGAAUAUACAGCCAGAAUUGAAAGAACAAGCUUUGGAAAUUAGUCCCUUGUUGUGUUUAGAUGAGGUUCAAUCGUAUAUUCUUGUUGAAAGGUCGGUCGAGAAUCACAAUGUGGCUCUUGAUUCUAUAGUUCAAGAAUUUGUUCAUGUGGUAUUGCUUCAGUACUACACCGAGCGACAAUGCCUGCUAAAAUGCACCAGGAGGAUUGUCAUGCAUGCUUUGUCUUUAGGUAAUGGCUCGAAAAAAGAUGCUGAUAUUUGGGAGGAGGCGUCAAAGCUCUUUUCUGAUGGUUUAGAAGGAAAAUUAAUAUCUGUUAUUGAAGAUCUUUUGUCCUCCAGUCACCCUGAUCAAAUGGAUGUUGACCUUUUUACCCUGUGGGCUGAGGAGAUGCUGGUUGAAGACAAUCUGGUUUUGGAUAUCCUUUUCCUUUCUUAUUACGAGUCAUUUUGUCAUUGUAGUGGUGAGAGGUGGAAAAAGUUGUGCUUGCUUUUUAAGGGAAUCUUGUCUGGGUCAUAUAACUUAAGAAAGCUAGAAAUUUCAACUGAAGCGCUACAUUCUUCUUAUCAAGCCAAAAUUCAGCUGUUACUUAUCCUUAUAGAAACCCUGGACCUGGAAAAUCUUCUACAGAUGGUCCGUGAUGAAAUGCCUUUCAGGCAGGUUUCCUCUCAUUUCUCUGUGACUGAUGUCCAAGAGAUGGAUGCUAUAGUUUCAAGUUUUAAUGCUUUUGAAACCAAAGAAGCAGGCCCGCUAAUUCUAACAUGGGCAGUUUUUCUUUGCCUGAUUUCAUCGCUUCCAGGAAAAGAAGAAAACAAUGUUCUUUCGGAAAUUGAUCAUGUUGGUUAUGUUCGUCAAGCUUUUGAAGCUGCAUCUUUGAGAUGUUUUCUUGAAAUCCUUCAGAGUGACUUAUUAAAUGAGUCAGAUGGACCUGUUGCUGGUUACCGAAGUGUAUUGAGAACUUUUAUUUCUGCAUUUAUUGCAUCUUACGAGAUCAGUCUUCAGCUGGAAGACAGUACCCUUAAUUUGAUAUUGGAUAUUCUUUGCAAAGUUUAUCGGGGAGAGGAGUCGCUUUGCAUUCAGUUUUGGGACAGAGAAAGUUUUAUUGAUGGCCCUCUCCGAUGUCUUCUUUGCAACUUAGAGGGUGAAUUCCCCUUCAGGACGGUUGAACUAAUUCGCCUUUUAUCAUCCCUAUCUGAAGGAACUUGGCCAGCAGAGUGUGUGUAUAGCUUUCUAGACAAGUCAGUGGGCAUUUCAACCUUGUUUGAGAUUACUAAUGAUUCCUUGGUGGAUCCCACGUCCCAAAUUGUUCAAACGCGCAUCCCACUUUGCAUUCCUGGUCUUGAAGGUUUGAUGAUUCCCAUUAACAGUCGUGGACAUAUUUUGAAAUUAGUUGGGGAAAAAACUGCUCUUGUACGAUGGGAGUAUACACAUUCUGGGGUGCUUGUGUUGCUCAUGCGUCUAGCCCAGGAGCUGUACAUAGAUGCCAAUGAGGAAGUUUUGCUUACUCUUGAUCUGCUUAAUCGAAUGGUAUCCUUUAACGAGGCUGUGUGUUUUGCUUUAAUGAACGUUGGCAUUUCAUUGCACAUUCAAGCAACUGCUGAGGGUGAGCACUUGGAAAAUAGAAUUUGGGUGGUUGAGAUCAUCUGCACUUUGCUCAGAAAGUUACCUCCAAAUUCUACUAGUGCUGCUGUAAUGGCCAUGGGUGUCAAUAUCUUGGCGAAGAUGUUGAAAUGUUGCCCUUCUUACGUUGCUGCAGCAGUUGUUAACGCAAAUAUUUUUGAUGUUGCCCUAAAGACAAGUAUUUUCGAUGCUGGCUAUAAGGGUUCUUCCAGCAGAUCAUGGUUGCUUUCUGGAAAAUUGGCAAAAAUGCUAUUGCUCGACUGUGAGCAGAAUGAUAAUAACUGUCUCUUGACAACAGCAGUGCUGGACUUCACCAUGCAGCUGAUGGAAACAGGAUUUGAAAAUGAUACUGUCAUUGCAUUAAUUGUUUUCUCUUUGCAGUAUGUUCUUGCAAACCAUGAAUACUGGAAAUAUAGGGUGAAGCAUACUCGCUGGAGAAUAACGUUGAAGGUGCUUGAACUGGUUAAAAAAGGCAUUAUGUUAACAUCACAUGCUGAAAAGCUGGGCGAGGUCAUCUGGGAUAUGUUACUUUCUGAUUCUUCAAUCCACAGUACUCUUUUUCGAAUUGUUUGCACAACUUCACAAGAACUGGAGACACUUUAUGUUAGCCGUCUCUUUGAUGUAAUGGAGAUCGAAGGUUUAUCGCUUGCUAUCUGUUCUGCUUUGGAUAUUCUAUUUGACAUGCUUCGCAAGUUUUCUAAGGAUACGUCUUCCAACCUUCCCAUCUUUCUCCAGUCAGUACUGUCUUCAGCGACCAAACCAAUCUCUGUAGUUGCUGCUGUUUCAUCCUUGAUAUCUUAUUUUCGUUAUCCUGUCAUACAAAUAGGUGCUGCUAAGGUGUUAUCAAUGCUAUUGAUGAUAGCAGAUUUCUUGCCACCAUAUUUUUCUGCAAGUAGCUUCGGUCUGGAUGAUAAACAGGUUAGAGACUUGAAGCAUUCUGUUAGCUAUAUAAGACGGGAGCAGGCAGCAGGAAAUGAAGAUCUAUUUGUAGCUACAGUCACUCUCCUCACUGCCACUGCUCGUCAUCAGCCUGCUUUCUUUGUUGCUGUAUUUGCCUCCAAAGAGUAUAUGGAUGUCCAACUGAGUAAUAGUGAUGGUGUGAAACUGCCAACAAUUGAGAAUUACUCUGGGCCAGUAGAGUCUAAAACUACAAAUCCUAUCAAUACAUUACUGCGUUAUAUUGCGGAUCCUAGCAAUCUUAUUAAUAACAAACCCAAUUUGCUGCUUAGCAUAAUUAAUUUCUUCAAGGCAUUGUGGCAACGGGCUGCUCAAUAUUUUAAUAUAUUGGAGAGGCUGAAAGGCUCUGAAAAUUUCUGGAAGCAAUUAUCCAGCUCCCUUUCACAAACUUCUGGCGUGGAUUCUCCUUCACCUGAUGGCCUGUCUGAGAUGGAAGCUCAAAAUCUGGUAUACAGGUAUCAGUGUCAGUCUGCCAUAAUGGAAAUAAUGGCGUUCGACAUAUUUCUGCAGAAAAAAUUGUUACCCGUGGAGUCACUCGCAAAACACGCUCCAGAGUCAAGGGGAAGGGAAGAGACUCCACUAAGCACUGAGAAUUCAAAGGCUGCAAAUCUAUCUGGUCUUAAAGAUAUUUUUACAACGUGGUGCCAGAGCUCUGUCUUAAUCAACCUCACCAAGUUACUUACUUGUUAUGAUUAUAGUGAUGAUUCAUUUUAUCGUGCAAAGGUUGCAGCAAGUUUAGUCACAGUGCAUUUGAUUGCAAAAUUAACAGCUGGUGAUGCAGGAAGUUUGUCUGUAUCAACACUUCAAAAGAUCACCACCAUGUCUAAUAAGCUUAGAAGUCAUCCUGCUUUCUCUGAAUUAUUGUUGCAAUAUUCACAGCGUGGUUAUAGUGAAGGGAAGGAACUCAAUAGUUUGCUACUCACUGAUCUUUAUUAUCAUCUAGAAGGAGAGCUGGAAGGUCGUAAAAUCAGUGCUGGACCAUUCAAAGAACUUUCUGGGUACCUGAUCGAAUCAAAAGUUUUGCUGCACUACCAGCAUAAGUAUGACAGCGACUUUUUUUUAACUUGCAAAGAUAUGUAUAUGUUUGACACUGAGCGUGUACGAGCUGAUUUGGGAUCAGAUCUUUGGGAUUAUUUAAAGUGGAAAACAUCGAAAGCAAUUGCAGAAAGAUUGUUGUGUCACAUGACGGAGGCAAAUUCUAUGGUGUUGGUUAGAAGUUCAAAGCUUUCUGCAUUGAGAUCAUUAAUAACCAUGUUAACCAUCAAUGGGAAAGAUUUGCUCGAGGAAAAUGCCACAGUUGUACCAUGUAUAGAUCACAUAUGUGAGUGCUUUCACGGCACAGUAGAAUCAAUAGCUCCAUUUAUGGGUGGUGGUUCUGAAGAUACCUUUCGUUUUCUCUCAUCCCAAGCAGAAUUACUUCUGUUUCUCAUGAGAUCUGCUCGUAAAAUUCUCAAUUUAUCUGUUUGCUUACGUGUGUUAAAAACAUUUGGUUCUGGUCUUAGAGUACUGACCGACCUAAGGCCAUCAGCGGCUGAAGUUAAUGUAACGAUAAAGAUAUUACUUUUAUUGCUUCUCUCAACAGUGGAGUUUAGUUGUCUGGGUUCAGGUUCUGGUGGGGUGACUGAUAAGGAAUCUGUUGAAGACACGGCUAAAAUUUCUAAUGUGUGUCUAGGGCUACUACCCAUUCUCUGCAACUGUCUUGAUACGGCUGAUAGCUGCACCCUCUCCCUGACAACCAUGGACUUGAUACUGAGAAGUUUCUUGACGCCCAAUUCGUGGUUCCCAAUCAUACAGAAUAACCUCCGGCUGCAUUAUGCUAUUCUGAUGCUUCGGGAUAAGAAUUCUCUUGCAUUGCUCCCUAUAGUCAUGAAGUUCUUCUUGACCCUCGCUCGUGUGAGAGAAGGUGCUGAGAUGCUUGUUAAUUAUGGGUUUCUCUCAUCUUUAAGAUUCUUGAUUUCAGAAUACUUGGAUGGCAGACCAUUCUCCAUCUCUUCUGACAAAAUAGAGAACCCUCAACAAAUCUGGGGACUUUCUUUGGCUGUCAUCACAGCUAUGGUUCAGUCUUUAGGUGACAGUUCUUCAUGUAGGGAUAUAUUGGAUAAUGUGAUACCGUACUUGUUUUCAGAGAAAGCGUAUAUAAUUUCUUAUUAUCUCAGUGCACCUGACUUUCCAUCUGAUGAUCAUGACAAGAAAAGACCUAGGGCUCAAAGAACAGAAACUUCUCUAACAGUUCUCAAGGGAACUGAGCAUACCGUCAUUCUUAUGUGUGUACUGGCAAGACAUUGGAAUUCAUGGGUUAAGUCCAUGAAAGAAAUGGAUUCCCAUCUGAGAGAACAAAGUAUCCAUCUUUUAGCUUUCAUUAGCAAGGGAACGCAACGUUUAGGAGACUCUUCCAGUGCCACUGCCCCACUCUUGUGUCCUCCUGUCCUCAAAGAGGAGUUUGAUUUCUGCAAUGAACCACCAUUUAUCAACAGCAGAAAUGGAUGGUUUUCUCUCUCACCUCUUGGCUGUGCAUCAAAACCAAAAUUAUCAACCGUCUCCACAUCUACGGCUCUGAUAGUUAGAAGCCAAGCAGCUGAAAAUGGGGAUAAUGUUUCUCAAACGUACUUUUCUGACAUUGUUGCUCUGCAGAUAUACAGAAUUACGUUUCUGCUUUUGAAGUUUCUGUGUUUGCAAGCUGGCAGUGCUGUUAGAAGGGCGGAGGAGGUGGGUUACGUUGAUCUUGCCCAUUUUCCAGAGCUUCCAAUGCCUGAUAUUUUACACGGCUUACAGGAUCAAGCGAUCAGCAUUGUUUCUGAGCUAUGUGAGGCCAACAAAUUGAAGCAGAUUCCAAAGGAAGUCCAAAGUACAUGUUGCUUACUAAUGCAAAUAAUGGAGAUGGCCCUGCACUUGGAACUCUGCGUCCUACAGAUAUGUGGCAUGAGACCCGUGUUAGGACGUGUCGAAGAUUUUUCAAAGGAAGUCAAGAAGUUGAUAAGAGCGACUGAAGGCCAUGCUUUUCUGAAAGUCUCAGUCAAGUCCUUGAAACAGAUGAUAUCAUUUGUCUAUCCCGGAUUGUUACAAACGGAGGAGCUUUUGUGAUUCUGAAGAAAAUUGGGAAAUUAUUUAGGAAUUUCAAAUUUUCAACAUGAUCAAGAGUCGAGACCUUUGUGUAUGCUUUAGUAAAAAUAAAACAAAAAACAAAAAAACAAAAAACAAA